AUGCAAAUCUCACAGUCACUAGGUGAAGUAGUAGAGAAACGAGAGGAAAAGUCACUGUUACCUACAGAAACGAAAUGGAAGGACAGAGCAGAAACAGUGAUUAUUGGAGGCGGCUGUGUUGGUGUGAGCCUGGCUUACCACCUAGCGAAAGCAGGGAUGAAAGACGUAGUCCUGCUGGAGAAAUCGGAGCUCACAGCUGGAUCCACCUGGCACGCAGCAGGUUUAACAACUUACUUUCAUCCUGGAAUAAACUUGAAGAAAAUACAUUAUGACAGCAUCAAACUUUAUGAGAAACUGGAAGAAGAAACUGGGCAGGUGGUGGGAUUCCAUCAGCCAGGCAGUAUCAGAAUUGCUACAACUCCUGUGAGGGUAGAUGAAUUUAAAUAUCAAAUGACUCGGACUGGCUGGCAUGCAACAGAACAAUAUAUUAUUGAACCUGAAAAGAUUCAAGAGAUGUUCCCUUUACUCAACAUGAAUAAGGUUUUAGCUGGACUGUACAAUCCUGGAGAUGGUCACAUUGACCCUUAUUCUCUAACCAUGGCCCUGGCAGCAGGGGCUAGGAAAUAUGGUGCCCUUUUAAAAUAUCCUGCACCAGUGACUUCUCUGAAGCCCAAGUCAGAUGGAACAUGGGAUGUUGAAACACCACAGGGCUCUGUGAGAGCAAAUAGAAUUGUAAAUGCUGCAGGAUUUUGGGCUCGUGAAGUAGGUAAAAUGAUUGGACUAGAACAUCCUCUCAUUCCGGUUCAACAUCAGUAUGUUGUUACAUCAACUAUACCUGAAGUGAAAGCUUUGAAGCGAGAACUCCCUGUGCUCCGUGACCUGGAAGGAUCCUAUUACCUCCGACAGGAAAGGGAUGGGCUUCUGUUUGGCCCAUAUGAAACUCAGGAGAAAAUGAAAGUUCAAGACUCCUGGGUCACCAAUGGCGUUCCUCCAGGGUUUGGGAAGGAACUCUUUGAGUCUGAUCUAGACCGAAUCAUGGAACACGUUGAAGCUGCCAUGGACAUGGUUCCUGUCUUGAAAAAGGCUGACAUCAUCAAUAUUGUCAAUGGUCCUAUUACUUACUCUCCUGACAUUCUGCCCAUGGUGGGGCCCCAUCAGGGUAUCAGAAACUACUGGGUGGCUAUAGGCUUUGGGUAUGGCAUAAUCCAUGCUGGUGGGGUAGGGAAAUACCUCAGUAACUGGAUCCUGCAUGGAGAGCCUCCCUUUGAUCUGAUAGAAUUGGAUCCCAACCGCUAUGGCAAAUGGACAACACCUCAAUACACCAAGGCCAAAGCCAGAGAGUCAUACGGAUUCAACAACAUCGUUGGUUAUCCUAAAGAAGAACGGUUUGCUGGGAGGCCAACUCAGCGAGUCAGUGGGCUCUACACAACCCUGGAGUCCAAGUGUUCCAUGGGGUUCCACGCGGGCUGGGAGCAGCCACACUGGUUCUACAAACCCGAUCAGGACCCUCAGUACAGGCCAAGUUUUCGCCGCACAAACUGGUUUGAGCCUGUGGGCUUCGAGUACAAACAGGUUAUGCAAAGAGUAGGGGUGAUUGACCUGACACCCUUUGGCAAGUUUAACAUCAAAGGCCAAGACUCCAUCAGACUGUUGGACCAUCUCUUUGCAAAUGUCAUUCCAAAGGUGGGUUUUACAAAUAUAAGCCACAUGUUAACACCAACAGGCCGAGUGUAUGCUGAGUUAACUGUUUCUCACCAGUCUCCAGGGGAGUUUCUAUUAAUAACUGGCUCUGGAUCCGAACUUCACGAUCUUAGAUGGAUUGAAGGAGAGGCAGUCAAAGGUGGAUAUGACGUUGAAAUCAGAAAUGUAACCGAUGAACUUGGCGUCCUUGGAGUUGCAGGGCCACUUGCCAGAAAGGUCCUUCAGAAACUGACCUCUGAAGAUCUUAGUGAUGAUGUUUUCAAGUUUCUUCAAACCAAGUCUUUAAAGGUUUCCAGCAUUCCUGUCACUGCUAUUAGGAUAUCUUAUACCGGUGAGCUGGGCUGGGAGCUGUACCACAGACGAGAAGAUUCUGCAGCACUCUAUGACAUUCUCAUGAAUGCAGGCCAGGAGGAGGGAAUUGACAAUUUUGGGACAUAUGCCAUGAAUGUCUUAAGACUGGAGAAAGCGUUCAGAGCCUGGGGGUCUGAGAUGAACUGUGAUACAAAUCCCUUGGAAGCUGGACUGGACUAUUUUGUAAAGUUAAAUAAGACAGGAACGCGGGUGAACUGUCAGAAGACGGUACUGUGGAAGCCAGUCAGUAGGUCUGGGCCCUUUUUGGUGAGGCUACCAGUUAGUGAUAUUCUGACCUAUGUCUUUGUUUUUUCUCGUAGAAUUAAACA